GCCACGACCAUCGAGGUUUCUUACCCGACGACUCGUGCAUGGGAAUCACAUUGAGCACCUCGCUUUUUGAGAGAAACUUACUUUUUUUAAGAGACACGGUGAGUGCGGUGAAAGCGGCGGAGACCUCCGGAUCACGAAAUGUUGGGAUGGAAGGCGCAGACUUUGACUCGCCGUCUCCAACAGGAGUAUGAAGUCCUACUUCACGGGUGUGAGAUCUCCGAGAGUGAAACUCUGUUGCCUCUGGAUAUCGCUGCACGCUUUCGGGGAAACACUAUAAAGUGGGAAACGGUAACCAUCUCGCAGUCCCCGCAACAUGGCCUCGGCUGCUAAUGCGCCCUCCGAGCAGGAAAACAGAGACCCCGAUCGGCCGAGAGUAACGCGGAGGAACAGGGGGAACUAUACCCGCAACACACCGCUGGAUUUGGAGUAUUUGCAGCGGCCGAGUUACUGCGAUGCGGGCUUUGCUUUGGAGCAAAUAUCCGAGGGGAAGGCGACUGGGAGGAAAGCACCUCUAUGGCUGAGAGCGAAAUUCCAGAGACUUUUAUUUAGGCUGGGCUGUUACAUACAAAAGAACUGCGGAAAGUUUUUGGUUGUGGGCCUCAUGAUUUUCGGAGCUUUCGCUGUGGGCUUACGGGCAGCUAAUUUGGAGACGGACGUGGAGAAACUCUGGGUGGAAGUUGGUGGGCGUGUGAACCAGGAACUGAAGUACACGCGACAGAAGAUAGGCGAGGAGGCCAUGUUUAACCCUCAGCUGAUGAUCCAGACGCCGCGGGAGGAGGGAGCCAAUGUACUAACGGUGGACGCACUCCUGCAGCACCUGGAGUCAGCUAUCCGAGCCAGCAGAGUUCAUGUUUACCUUUAUAACAGACAAUGGAAAUUAGAACACUUAUGCUACAAAUCAGGAGAACUAGUCACAGAAACUCAUUUUAUGGAUCAGAUCAUAGAAAAGCUACAUCCCUGCCUCAUCAUCACCCCUUUGGACUGUUUCUGGGAGGGAGCCAAGCUCCAGUCUGGAAUGGUCUAUCUCCCAGGUAAAGACCCUCUGCAAUGGACCAACUUUGACCCUAAGGACUUCCUUGAGGACUUGCGAAGAGCAAAUUUCCCCGUGGAAGCCUUUGAGGACAUGUUGGAAAAGGCAGACGUUGGACACGGCUACAUGGACAGACCCUGUCUCAACCCCGCUGACCCCGACUGCCCCCUCACCGCGCCCAAUAAGAACUCAACCAAGCCAUUCGAUGUGGCGCGAACCCUGAGCGGCGGCUGCCAUGGUCUGUCCAGGAAGUACAUGCACUGGCAGGAGGAACUGAUCGUAGGAGGGACCACCAAGAACGGCAGCGGACCCCUGCUCAGUGCCCAGGCCUUACAGACCAUGUUCCAGCUGAUGACUCCCAAGCAGAUGUUUGAGCACUUUCGGGGCUACGAGGCGGUUUCCCACAUCAACUGGAAUGAAGAAAAGGCUGCAGCUAUACUGGAAGCCUGGCAGAGGAGAUACUCUGAGGCGGUGCUGCAGAGUGUGGCAGCAAAUUCGUCUCAGAAGGUCUUGUCUUUCACCACCACCACCCUGGAGGACAUCCUCAAGUCUUUCUCUGACAUCAGCGUCAUCCGUGUGGCUAGUGGAUACCUGCUGAUGCUGGCCUAUGCGUGUCUGACCAUGCUGCGGUGGGACUGCGCCAAGUCUCAGGGGGCCGUGGGGCUGGCAGGUGUCCUGCUGGUGACUCUGUCUGUGGCGGCUGGCCUGGGUCUCUGCUCUCUGCUGGGCAUCUCUUUCAACGCUGCCACCACACAGGUGCUACCCUUCUUGGCUCUGGGAGUUGGAGUCGAUGACGUCUUCCUCCUCGCUCACGCCUUCAGUGAGACCGGACAGAACAAGAGGAUCCCGUUCGAGGACCGUACGGGGGAGUGUUUGAAGAGGACAGGGGCCAGCGUGGCUCUCACGUCCAUCAGUAACGUUACAGCAUUCUUCAUGGCAGCCCUCAUUCCCAUCCCAGCGCUCAGAGCCUUUUCUCUACAGGCUGCAGUGGUUGUGGUGUUUAACUUUGCCAUGGUGCUGCUCAUUUUCCCCGCCAUCCUCAGCAUGGACCUCUACCGACGAGAAGACAGACGUUUCGACAUUUUCUGCUGCUUCUACAGCCCAUGUGCCAAUCGUGUGAUCCAGAUCGAGCCUCAGGCGUACCUGGAUGGGGCUGACGGGAGUCGCUACAGCCCUCCUCCAUCCUAUCGCACCCCUCCUCCCUCAUAUCGCACUCCUCCCCCAAGCUACAGCAGCCCCCCUCCCUCCUACAGCAGCCACAGCUUUGCGCAGCAGACCGAAAUCACCAUGCAGUCCACGGUGCAGCUCAGGACAGAGUAUGACCCCCGAACUCAGGCCUUCUACACUACAGCUGAGCCCAGAUCCCAGAUCUCUGUGCAGCCCAUCAAUCCAGCUCCGACCAGGAGCAACCCUAACAAUGACUAUUACAGCAGCAACCCCAACGGCAGCAGGAGCAGCAGCAGCAAUCACGGCAAUCUCAACAACAACAACAGUGGGAGCCGGAGUAAUGGUGGAUCUCGAGGUUCUGCUGCCUUCUCCCAUCAUCACCCUGCACCUCCUCCCGCUGCCCCGACUUCAAGUACUAGCUCAGUUCCUCAGGGCGAUGCAGCAUCAUCGACGGGCCAGAGCCCAGAGAACAACAGCUCCACACGGGACCUGUUGUCCCAGUUCGGAGAAGCCUCGCUGGGCCUGCGCUGCCUCGAGCCUCCCUGCUCCCGCUGGACCCUGGCCUCUUUUGCUGAGAAGCACUACGCUCCGUUCCUCCUGCAGCCCACCACCAAGGUGGUUGUAAUCGUCCUGUUCCUCUGCCUGCUGGGCGUCAGUUUAUACGGGACCACCCAGGUGAGGGAUGGCCUGGAGUUGACAGACAUUGUUCCCAGAGAGACCAGCGAGUACGACUUCAUCGGUGCCCAGUUCAAGUUCUUCUCCUUCUACAACAUGUAUGUGGUGACGCAGCGGGCUGAUUACGCCCAGAAACAGCCGCUGCUGCACCAGCUCCACCAGAGGUUCCACACUGUUCGCUACGUGUUGAAGGAGGACAACGGACAGCUGCCCCGCAUGUGGCUUCACUACUUCAGGGACUGGCUGCAAGGUCUCCAGCAGGCAUUUGACAAGGACUGGGAGGCUGGCCGCAUCACCCUCAACAGCUACAGGAAUGGCUCUGAUGAUGGCGUCCUGGCGUACAAGCUUUUGGUGCAGACAGGACGCAGAGACAAGCCCAUCAACUUCAACCAGUUGACUCGUCAGAGGCUAGUGGAUGCAGAUGGAAUCAUCAACCCUGGGGCUUUCUACAUCUACCUAACUGCCUGGGUCAGCAAUGAUCCUGUGGCGUACGCUGCCUCGCAGGCCAACAUUCGCCCACACCCUCCCGAGUGGCUCCACGACCGUACUGACUCCAUGCCCGAGACACGCCUCAGCAUCCCGGCCGCCGAGCCCAUCGAAUACGCACAGUUCCCCUUCUACCUCAACGGGCUCCGGGAGACGCCGCAGUUUGUGGAGGCCAUCGAGAGCGUGCGGGCUAUAUGCAGCAACUACAGCCGACAAGGCCUGCCCUCCUACCCCAACGGCUACCCUUUCUUGUUCUGGGAACAGUAUGUUAGUCUGCGCCACUGGCUCCUGCUGUCCAUCAGUGUCGUGCUCGCCUGUACCUUUCUGGUCUGUGCCCUCUUCCUGCUCAACCCAUGGACCGCCGGCAUCAUAGUGUUGGUGCUGUCUCUCAUGACCGUAGAGCUGUUUGGCUUCAUGGGGCUGAUGGGAAUCAAGCUGAGUGCCGUCCCCGUGGUCAUUCUCAUUGCCUCUGUGGGCAUUGGAGUGGAGUUCACCGUCCAUGUGGCCCUGGCGUUCCUGACUGCCAUAGGGGAUCGUCACAAGCGGGCAGUGCUUGCACUGGAGCACAUGUUUGCUCCGGUGCUCGAUGGAGCCUUUUCCACCUUAUUAGGUGUCCUAAUGCUUGCGGGCUCUGAGUUUGACUUUAUCGUCAGGUAUUUCUUUGCUGUGUUGGCCAUCCUCACAGUUCUUGGAGUCCUGAAUGGAUUGGUCCUUCUCCCAGUAUUACUAUCAUACUUUGGACCCUAUCCAGAGGUAUCACCAGUCGAUGGUCGUAGCCGUUUACCCACCCCAUCCCCAGAGGCCCCUCCUCACGUGGUUCACUUCUCAGUCCGUCCUCACCACACCACCGGGGCCACCACCACCACCUCUGGUGCAGCUUCAGACUCGUCUGACUCAGAAUACAGCUCGAACACCACAGUGUCCGGUAUAAGCCAGGAGCUACAGAACUACAACCUGCCCUCACGCAGAGUACCACCUCGAGCAGAGGAGCAGCAGUACCACCUCCAGACCAGCAGAGGCAGAGCAGCCAGGCCAGAGGAGGAGAGGAGAGCAGGAUCAGGGCGUAGGCGCUCAGCCAGACAGCCUGACCCUCCGGCCUAUACUGUGUCUUCGUCUGUCUCCUCUCAGGGUUGUGAUUCUGGGCCGGGGGCAACUCAUCGCCACAGCAGCAGGAACCCCAAGAGCCAGCUGCACUGGCAGGCCCCACCCCCAGCCCGCCCGCGCAUGGACGCUUUUGAAACUGCUACUGAGGCUGGGGGCCAUUAUGGCUCACAUGGCCAUAGAGAACACUCAGCAGGCCACAGAGCCCGCUCUUCCCACAACCCACAACCUCACCACCUCCCUCAUCACCACCCCAAUCCCACCCCGUAUUGCCAACCCAUCACCACGGUAACAGCGUCAGCCUCAGUCACUGUCGCCGUUCACCCGGCCCCCAUAUCCAGCCAGAGCCCCCCCGCUUCCUCUUACCCAGGAUACACUGCAACGGACAGUUACUGCCCAUCAGGGCCGGAGGUGCCAGAGCCUGCCUUUCAGGACCCACAUGUGCCACUGGAAACCCAGUUAGGGGCCAGAGGAGUCAAGGUGGAGGCCAUGGAGCUCCAAGAUUUGGAGUUUGAGGCAGCUGAGAGCAACCAUGGCAGACGGGCUAGCUGAGUUGUGGAGAACAGAAGUACAACGGCCAAAGAUGGAUUUCUCUGUAUUACUAAGCAGCUGACCCGGUCUGGCACAGCCCAGCUCUGCAUAGCCCAGCCUGGCUCACCUCCGGCCCUGAGCAGCGAGAAACUUGCCAGUGUUGCCGUCAUGGUGCUCAUUCUUACUGUAACCCAGUGGACUAUUGUCUUAGAUAAUUCUAUCUAUAUUUAAAAGAUGUAUACAUAUGUAAAUAUGAACAAAAAGUAGCUAUAAUUUUAGGAGCCGUACAACUCCUCAUGUUAACAGACUGGGGCUGCCAUUUUAUAUGGUGUGUGUGUGUGUGUGUGUGUGUGUGUGUGUGUGUGUGCGUGCGUGUGCGUGUGUGUGUGUGCGUGUGUGCGUGCAUGUGUGUGUAAAUGUGUGCAUGUGUAUGAGAGAGAGAUAGAUCUCUGAUUACUGUUCACUCAUCUGUGGAUCUGUGCCAUUAGGAAGCUUCAUCUAGACAAAAAUACCUGUCAGCAUUCACUGUUGCUGCUCAAAAUAUUUUUUUAAAAUAAUAUACAUUUAUAACUCUAUGCAAAUGUCUCUUUAAACAAAAGAAGUGAUCUGUCUACGUAUAUGUGUGUGUACAUGUGUCUGUGUGUAGUAGGUGUGUGUUGGGCUGUGUGAUGUGAAACAGCCCCAUUAUUUUCUGGCUUAUACAUCAGAUACAUCCUCAGAACAGACUAACAUUUACACUCAUUUAAAACAUGAGGGAAAUUGUUAGAAUUAUCAAACAGGGCUAUGGUAUUUUUGUGUGUGUGUGUGUGUUUAUGUGUGUGUGUUUAUUAUUGUAUAAAGGUACGCAUGUUAAACUAUUAAUUUUUUAUCACAAACCUGUGGUAGUUAUGAAACAAUUACUGUUUAACUUGACACGCUAUGCGUGCUAUUUAAGAUGAGCAGAUAUGAAGAAAUUUUAAAGCUGUUUUGUUUUGUUUUGUUUGUUUAGUUAUCGCCUCUGCAUUGGAACCUGUUUCUGCUCUCAGCUUUGUUUCACUGUCUGUUAGGCUGCUCUCUGGUUGUAUUUUACUGUAAGAGGUUAUGUAUUGUUUAACCCUAGCAGGCUGAAAUCAUGUUCUGUCUUGUAUACUGACAUACAAGCAGUAAACUCACCUCAGAAACUCACUCUGCCAUUACAGGGACAUUCACAUUACUGAUUCUGGAACAGGGUCAAUACAGGGUGCUGACUCUGCUCCCUAAGUGAUGAUGUGUAGUGGAUAAGCUAAAGCUCAGACUGUAUACUGUAUGACCCGAUUCAACAUCGCACUUGACUGCAUUUAAACUUCAUUUACAGGAAUAUCUCGCCUCAAGUAGCUCUUUAUUUCUGUACAACCAAUAAGCUAGUCCACACAGCCUGCUAAGGGCUAAGCCCUAUAUGGCCUGACGAUGUGCUCCAUGUGUGUCUCAAUGUAUAUGUGUGUAUAAACAUUUAUGUUUGUGUAUGAGUCCAUCCUCUUACUCUGUCUCAGCUCUCCUCUAGUGACAGUAAAGACAACUGGCCCCAAUUUGGCCUCAGCCGUCCCCACUGACCUCAACUCAUAAAAAUCCACAACAUAAC